AUGCCGUUCAUGCAUGAGCGUGAAAUGCUCCGCGCUUCGCAGUAUUUCUACGAACAAAUGAGAUUACGUCGGAGUGUACGAAGCUUCAGCAAUAAAGCUGUUCCUCUGAAAAUUGUGCAGAACAUCAUAAAGACGGCAGGUUGUUCACCCAGUGUUGGUAACGCCCAACCGUGGAAAUUUUGUGUUGUCGUUAAUGAGCAAAGAAAAGCGGAAAUUCGUGCUCUUGUUGAAGCUGAUGCACGGGACAAUUACAUCCUCUACCAUAUGCCGUUCAUGCAUGAGCGUGAAAUGCUCCGCGCUUCGCAGUAUUUCUACGAACAAAUGAGAUUACGUCGGAGUGUACGAAGCUUCAGCAAUAAAGCUGUUCCUCUGAAAAUUGUGCAGAACAUCAUAAAGACGGCAGGUUGUUCACCCAGUGUUGGUAACGCCCAACCGUGGAAAUUUUGUGUUGUCGUUAAUGAGCAAAGAAAAGCGGAAAUUCGUGCUCUUGUUGAAGCUGAUGCACGGGACAAUUACGUACGUAGGUGCGUUUGA